ACCAAAUCCACUCAUUCUCAUCCUUUCUAUAAAUCCGCCAUUUUUAUCAUUUCUUCCAAGCUGUCUCUCAUAUCCACCAUUAAAACUACACACUUAAACCAUGAAAUAAUCAUCUUAAAAACACCCAUUUACAACUUCAAUCUCCUCUGUUUGGCUGUGAUUCCUUUUCUUCUCAUAAAAAUGGUUUCACUUGAAGAUUCUCAUUCUCACUCUCAUAGUCACCACAGUAUCUCUAGUAUUUCCCAUUCCAGCCAAACACGUCCUUAUUACUACACUCCACCACCUUCUUCAGCCAAAAUCAACCGUUCAAUGGGUCGUUCCAUGAGAACUAUACGAUCAACUAUAUUUGGAACAACCGACUCCAUUUCCGAACAUUCCGGCACCAUUUCCGAGAACUUAACCGAUUCCGUCAUCGAUAUUCGCCUCAACGAACUCGCAAAAAUUAAUCCUCAAACAUCCUCUCCAGAAGAAGAAGAAGAAGAAGAAGAUAUCUCAACCUUUCUAGAACUUUCUCAAGCUUUCAGUGACUUCUCAUCAGCUUGUAGCAGUGAUAUAUCCGGUGAGCUCCACCGCCUCGCUAAUGUCCCGGAUCCGGGUCUGACCCGACCCGAACUCGGACCGCCAGAGCCCGAGCCCGAGCCGUGUUACGGGUUUCUUGAAAGAGACAAGUUCUCUACGGAGAUAAUAGAGAGUAUUUCCCCUGAGGAUCUUCAACCGACGGUGAAACUCUGUGUUGACAGCUUACUGUCUCCAUCCUUAGCGGUUAAAAGAUCCGCGACAGCGAAGUUGAGGUUAUUAGCGAAGAAUCGAGCUGAUAAUCGGGCGUUGAUAGGUGAAUCCGGUGCGAUUAAUGCACUAAUACCGCUACUCAGGUGUACUGAUCCGUGGACACAAGAACAUGCUGUAACGGGUCUUUUGAAUUUAUCUCUACACGAGCCAAACAAGGCGUUAAUAACGAGCGAUAAUGGAGCUAUAAAGUCGUUGAUUUAUGUGUUGAAAACGGGUACUGAUACGUCGAAACAGAAUGCUGCUUGUGCGUUGUUAAGUUUAGCUUUGGUUGAUGAUCAGAAUAAGCUUUCGAUUGGUGCUUGUGGUGCUAUUCCACCAUUGGUUUGUUUGCUUAUAAAUGGAACAAAUAGAGGGAAAAAAGAUGCUUUAACUACACUUUACAAGCUUUGUUCAGUUAAAUUGAAUAAAGAAAGAGCUAUUAGUGCUGGUGCAGUGAAACCACUUGUUGGGCUUGUUGGUGAACAAGGGAAUGGAUUAGCAGAAAAGGCUAUGGUGGUUUUGAGUAUUUUAUGUGGGAUUGAUUUAGGGAAAGAAGCUAUUGUUGAAGAAGGUGGAAUUGCUGCACUUGUUGAAGCUAUUGAAGAUAGUUCUGAUAAAGGAAAGGAAUUUGCUGUGUUGACACUUUUGCAACUUUGUGUUGAUAGUGUUAGAAAUAGAGGACUUCUUGUUAGGGAAGGUGGAAUUCCUCCUCUUGUUGCCUUGUCUCAGAAUGGAACUGCCAAAGCUAAGCACAAGGCAGAAACACUACUGGGAUACUUGAGAGAGCCAAGACAAGAAGCUUCAAGUUCAACUCCUUGAGAGAAAGUGUAGUUUUAGAGUAGUAUUUCUACUGUAAUGGUUUUGUUGUGUAUAUAGGAAGAAGUGUUUUUGAAGAGUUUGUACAGAGUCUUUUAGAUAUGUGGGAGUGGCUGAUGUCAGAUGAUAAAUAAUAAAAAAAAAAUUAAAAAAUAGUAUUAUUAGAAGAUAGUGAGGAAAAUCUGACCUUAUUUUUGACUAGGUAAUUAGAGUGGGGGUACUCAUAUCCCUCUUGAAUUAUUAACUGGCUCCCUCUUGAUAGGAGCUGGUUGUUUGCCUAGUUUUUUUUUUUUUUUGUUUUGUUUUUGGGUUUGGUGAGAAUUUGGGUUAUUAUCCUCUAGUUUUGUUUGUGAGGUCCAAGUUCUUGUAGAAGGGUUUAGUGUGUGAUAAUCAACUAGCAUAGUAUGCUAGAAGUAGUUUUUUUUACUCUUCUGAACAUGAACAGAUGCUAGUGUAUGAAGCAAUAUUUGGUCAUUUAUAAGAUAUUUCAUGAUUUGUGAACAUCAAAA